AUGAACGGACCUCCUCGCAAACGUCGCCACUACGGCGUCGACCACACAGCACCCGCCGCGACGUACGCAGUGCCUACGCCCACGAAGAGGGCGCGGCCUCGUCCCACGUCGCCGCUCCCUGCGCGCGGCGCCACAGGCAACCGGUGCCAUCGACCCGACGCGUUUGGACGCCGCCCCGUAGCGGCCCGUGCCGAGUCGGAAGAGAUCGAAGAGGACGAACACGUGGGAACGCCUGUGGCGCCAGUGCGCUGUGCACCGGUCGCCGCUCAAGCGACAGCGGACGUCGAUGCGAUCGGCAGUGACAGUGACAGUGGCGACGAUCCCGCGAUGCCGCUCGUCGUGUUCCAGUGCAGCACGUGCCGCUCGAUCUUUGGCGACUCGUACGCCUUUGUGUGCUCCACCGAACAGCUGUGGCUCGUGACGCUGAGCCACGUGACCCACGUGGCGCUGGACCAGCACGUCCAGACAGCGGGCACGGGACUCGACGCCGGCAGUUCGUACCAUGAGCUGCUGUGCCAGAACUGCCAAGCGGUGCUCGGGCGCAAGUACUUGACGACGCCCGUGGCGCUGGACGGCAUUCGGGACCUGUUCAGCUUCUCGACCGAAGCCAUCACGUCGUACGCACUCGGAGACCCCAUGCAGUCGAGUGACGAGGGCGCAGUCGACAGGCAACGCGCUGCCGCGGCGUGCCAGUCGAGCCUGUUGACGCUGGCAGCCGAUCGAAGCGAACUGGUGAGGCUGCGAGAAGAGAUGGAAAAGGUCAAGGGGCUCAUGGUGACGGUCGACGACCGACUCGCGAGCUUGGAAGGGGCCGAACCCGAGUCGGAAGAGGAGGCAGCACGACAGCAAAGUCUGCCGCCGCGGCCAUGA